GUCUAAAAAGAAAAUGUCAGUGUCACCGUCACCGACAAUUUUUUGAGGUUAAGUCUCGCGUGGCUUUGUUAUUAUUUUAAUUAAUAAACAUUAAGGCCUUAAAGCACCAACUUACUCAAAAUGUCGAAGAGGCCAGAGCAUCAAGCACCGCCUGAAGUUUUCUACAAUGAAGAUGAGGCCCGAAAAUACACACAAAAUUCGCGUAUUAUUGAUAUCCAGGCACAGAUGACAGAACGCUGCAUAGAGUUACUACUGUUACCAGAAGAUACUCCGUGCCUCCUUCUCGACAUAGGAUGCGGUUCCGGCCUGUCUGGAACAGUGUUAGAAGAAAAUGGACACAUGUGGAUUGGCAUGGACAUAUCACCUGCAAUGUUAGAUGUAGCAAAAGAAAGAGAGACUGAAGGUGAUCUAGUGCUAUCAGACAUGGGUGAAGGAGUACCAUUCAGAGCAGGCUGCUUUGAUGGUGCAGUUUCUGUGUCAGCCUUGCAAUGGCUUUUCAAUGCUGAUAAGAAGUCCCACAAUCCUGUCAAGAGGCUUCAUCAGUUCUUUAGUUCUCUUUAUGCCUCUUUGUCCAGAUCAGCCAGAGCAGUAUUCCAGUUCUACCCAGAGAAUGAGAGUCAAAUGGACCUUGUCACUUCUCAGGCCAUGAAGGCUGGCUUCUAUGGAGGUGUUGUUGUAGACUUUCCUAAUUCUGCCAAAGCCAAGAAGUUCUUCUUGGUGUUAAUGACUGGAGGGUCUGCACCACUACCUCAAGCACUAGGUACAGAUGAAGCAGAUAAUAAUCUCCAGGUGAAGUAUGCUAAAAGAGAAGCCACAAGGAACAUCAGAGGAAAGCCACUCAAAAACUCAAGAUCCUGGAUCAUAGAGAAAAAAGAAAGGAGAAGAAAACAAGGCAAAGACACAAAGCCUGACACAAAAUACACAGGCAGGAAAAGAAGUGGUCGCUUUUAGUAAUAAAAACAGUUAUGUGUAAAAACAACAGUGUAUAUUGAUUUAAAGACUAAGCUAAAAUUUAAUAAAAUAUAUAAGUUAUA